AUGGAGAGGAUGAGCUCUGCUAUGCUGUCUUUUAGUGAGAACCUGGUGCAAAGUGGGGUGCUUAGGUCACACUCUGCUCUGACGGCGAAUCUACGUGACACAAUGAUAACAUUCCUUUCUCUGGCAUCCGCUUCAAACAUCGACGACGAGAGACGGGUUCCGGUUGACUCGCACAAGACAAUUGACUCCAACAAGCCGCUGGACGGAUGGGAAGAAGUUCCCUUUUUCGGGUUAGGGGGUGCAGGAACCCACUAUCCCGGCCCCUUGACACGGGACGAAGGCACGGGUGGCUUUGUCCCUCAUUAUGAGAGAUGGGCAACAGUGGAGGACCCCUUGUCACUGGUCGAUGCUGAUCUGCGAAAGCAACUAGAAGGGGAUUGGUUUGACUUGCGAGAUCUGGAAGAAUAUCUUCGAGACAAGAAUGUUGUUCUGGUUACGUCAGUUGAUGAGUCAACCAAGCUCUCAAAAGUGCAGACCAACAUCAAUGUCUCACAGUUUAUAUCAGCGUUGACCAGCAGAGGAGUUUGCUUGGGUCGGACACCUGGGUUUCAACGCAAUGAGGUGGAGGAGGCCCUGCGCUCUUCGAAAAUUGUGUGUAAUGAUUAA